AUGGUAGACAAUUUACCAUUUCUGAACGAUAACAGUAUUCAACAUACUACUACCGUUCCAGGACAUCCUGCAACGAAUGGAUUGGCAGUUAGGUAUGUGGGUAAUUUAAAGAUAAACUAAAGAAAAUGGGGUAUUCAUGAGAGCCGUUCCAGACCAAACUAGACAGGUUUUUGCUUACGUACAGAGCUACCCCUACAGGGUUAGGAAAGUCACCAUCAGAGUUGCUAAUAAACAGGCAACCAAGGAUCCGAUUCAGUGCGUUUAGAGCGAAGCAAUCGAAAAAUGUCAAAAUAUUUCAAGAUAAUCUAGAUAAUAAACCAAAGUACAGUCAGUAUCAAGUAGUAUUUGCACGAAAUUUUGGCAAAGGAGCACGAUGGCUUCCAGGGGUUAUAACAAAGAUAAUUAGUCCUAGAAAUUGUGACGUGAAAGUGGGUGAUGUUAUGUGGAAACGACAUGAAGAACAAUUGC